UUAAUCAUCAAUUAGCUCAUUACAGAGAAAUAACCAAACAGAGAGAAAAAAAAAAACAUGGCAACUCAAGCGUCCGGACUCUUUAGCUCCGCCAUAACAACCACAGCAGCCUCCGGUGUGAAAAAACUUCACUUUUUCACAACAACCCACCGUCCAAGAUCCCUCUCCCUCACCAAAACCGCAAUCCGCGCCGAGAAAACAGAUUCCGCCGCUGCCGCCCCAGCCCCCGCCGUGAAAGAAGCUCCGGUGGGAUUCACGCCGCCUCAGCUAGACCCAAACACACCGUCACCGAUCUUCGCGGGGAGCACCGGUGGGCUUCUCCGCAAAGCCCAGGUGGAAGAGUUCUACGUUAUUACAUGGAACUCGCCGAAAGAACAGAUCUUUGAGAUGCCGACAGGAGGUGCGGCGAUCAUGAGGGAAGGUCCGAACUUGCUGAAGCUGGCGAGGAAAGAACAGUGCUUGGCUUUGGGGACAAGGCUUAGGUCCAAGUACAAGAUUAACUACCAGUUUUACAGGGUGUUCCCUAAUGGUGAGGUUCAGUAUCUUCAUCCUAAAGAUGGAGUUUAUCCCGAGAAGGCGAAUCCGGGAAGAGAAGGUGUUGGUCAGAAUAUGAGAUCUAUUGGGAAAAAUGUUAGUCCCAUUGAAGUUAAGUUUACUGGGAAACAAAGUUAUGAUUUGUAAGUUGUGAAAAUUUAAAACAAAAAAUCAUGUGGAUGUGACUAUGUUUGGUUUUAAUUUUUAAUGGGGUUCAUCUGAAUAAUUAUUCUCUUAUUAUA